AUGGGGAGAUAUGGAAGGAAGGAUCCCGUGCUCACUGUGAUCACCUAUGCCGGGCUGAGCCUGUCUCUGCUGUGCCUCCUCCUGGCGGCCCUCACCUUCCUGCUGUGCAAAGCCAUCCAGAGCACCAGCACCUCCCUGCACCUGCAUCUCUCCCUCUGCCUCUUCCUGGCCCACCUGCUCUUCCUCACGGCCAUUGACCGGACUGAGACCAAGGUGCUGUGCGCCGUCAUCGCGGGGGCCUUACACUAUCUCUACCUGGCCUCCUUCACCUGGAUGCUGCUGGCGGGUCUGCACCUCUUCCUCACGGCACGCAACCUGACCGUGGUCAGCUACUCCAGCGUGAGCAGCUUCAUGAAGUGGCUUGUGUUCCCUGUGGGCUACGGGGUCCCGGCUGUGAUCGUGGCCAUUUCUGCAGCGUCCAGGCCGCACCUUUAUGGAACACCCACCCGGUAAAUGCA